AUGUUGGCAUUUUCAAGAGGCGUGGUUACUCGCUUACGACAUUUCUCUGUGGCACCGCCGCCGUCACUGCGAUAUUUUAGUUCCGAUGUUGAGACUUUACGUACGAUUGAAGCAAAACCUAGUGUAAUGACACCACAUUCACAACGAACUGGUGUUAUAGCUGUAAAAUGUGGAAUGACUGCACUUUGGGAUAAAUGGGGUGCUAGAAUUCCAAUUUCUAUCCUUUGGGUUGAUGAUAACAUUGUCUCUCAAGUCAAAACUCCCGAGAAAGAAGGCUAUUGCUCUCUCCAGAUUGGUUGUGGACAGAAGAAGGAGAAACACUUGACAAAGCCUGAAGUGGGUCAUUUUAGGGCCCAAGGAGUUCCAAUGAAGAGGAAACUUAUAGAGUUUCGAGUGACAGAGGAUGCGCUUCUUCCUGUUGGUACAUCGCUUAAUGUUCGUCACUUUGUUCCUGGACAGUAUGUUGACAUUGCAGGAAUCACUAAAGGAAAAGGUUUUCAGGGUGUAAUGAAGAGGUAUGGAUUUAAGGGAGGUUCAGCAUCUCAUGGGAAUUCUAAAGCACAUAGAACCAUGGGUUCUACAGGACAACAUGAUUCUCCUGGAAGGGUUAUUAAAGGUAAAAAGAUGCCUGGGAGAAUGGGUGGGAAGCAAAGAACUGUAAAAAACGUAUGGAUCUACAAAAUCGAUCCAGCAAGAAAUUUGAUGUGGGUGAAAGGCCAGGUUCCAGGAGCUACAGGGAACUUUGUUUUUAUAAAAGACGCUGUCUAUGAAAAACCCGACACAUCUAUACUUCCUUUCCCAACUUACUUUGUGCCAGAAGAUGAAAAUACAGAUGAUAUGAAGCCUUUGGUUGCUGAUCUUGGGGAUGUGGAUCCAUUCCUGAUUACUGAUUAA